AUGCCUCCAUCAGGGAUUCCCGCCAAACGAGUAUUGUCCUCGAAGGAGGCUACACUCUUCAAAGAACUACUUGGCCUCUACGAAGCGAAGCAGCUCAAGAAAGGCCUCAAAACCGCUGACCAGAUCCUCAAAAAGUUUCCAGAACAUGGCGAAACCCUCUGCAUGAAAGGUCUCAUCCUCACGCACAUGGGACGAAGAGAGGAAGGCCUCGAUCUCGUCAAGCAGGGUAUCCGGCUCGACCUGACGUCCCACAUCUGCUGGCACGUCUUCGGUCUCAUCCAGAAGGGAGAGAAAAACUAUGAGGAAGCGCUGAAAUCGUACACACAGGCGUUGCGUUUCGACAAGGAAAACCUGAACAUCCUGCGGGACGCGGCGCUCCUGCAGACGCAGCUGCGCAACUUCGACGGGCUGGUGGAGACGCGACAUACGCUGCUCAGACUGCGGCCGACGCUGCGGCAGCACUGGAUCGGGCUCGCGGUCGCGUACCAUCUGAACGGGAACCUGGCGGAGGCGCGCAAGGUGCUGGAGCACUACGAAUCGACGUUGAAGAACGUCCCAGACUACGACUCGGAGCACUCGGAGACGCUGGUUUACCACGUCCGGCUGCUGGAAGACAUGGGGGAGGCGAGCUCGGCGCUGGCGCUGCUGGACGUGAACGCCAAGUCGCGGGCGAUCAUCGAUCGGAUGGCCAUCAUGGAGUUCCGAGCCCGGCUGAUGUCGAAGCUCGGGAUGGACGGCGCGGACGACGCGUGGCAGGCGCUGAUUGAGCAGAAUCCGGACUGCCAUGAAUAUUAUAGCGGCUUCCUGUCGAGCCGUGGUAUCGAGCUCGGUACGAUCACGGACGAGAAUCGCGAGCAGGCGGUGCGAUAUCUAGGCGAGUUUUCGGAACAGAUACCGCGGGCGAGUGCGCCUCGACGUCUCUGGCUGAACAUCGCGGUUGGCGACAAAUUCAGAGAGCUCGUUGAGUCAUACCUGGUGUCUGGACUUGAAAAGGGCAUUCCGUCGCUAUUCUCUGACGUGAAGGCGCUGUAUGCGGACCCAUCGAAGCAGCAGGUGAUCGAAGAGGUCGUCGAGGCGCAGCGGGAGAAGCUGGCAGCGGAACCUGCAUCAGACGCAGCAUCGGAACCGACAACCUACCUAUGGACUCUCUACUUCCUUGCCCAACACCACUCGAAGUUGUCCCGGCACACGCGUGCAAUUUCCCUACUGGACGUGGCCAUUACUCAUACGCCUACCUUGCCGGAGCUGUACAUGUUUAAAGCGCGGGUGCUGAAGCGUUGUGGCGAUUUCAUAGGCGCAGCACGGUUCAUGGAUGAGGCGCGCAUGCUAGACCUCCAAGAUCGGUUCUUAAAUACGAAAUGCGCUCAGUAUAGGCUCAGAGCCAACCUGGUCAACGAAGCGAAUGACAUUCUCGGUCUGUUCACCAAGAAAGAUGCACCGAGUCCAGGCGCGGAUCUGGAGGAAAUGCAGUCAUUGCUGUAUCUCAUGGAGGAGGCGGAUGCGCACGUGCGCAAGGACAACAUGGGGCUGGCUCUGAAGAGGUACACUGCUGUGCAAAAGGUUUUCGACGAAUUCGAGGAUGAUCAGUUCGAUUUUCACGGGUACUCCAUCCGCCAUUUCACCAUCAACGCCUACCUAGGUCUGAUUUCGUGGGAAGAUCAUCUCCGCUCACAUCCAGCAUAUAUCCACACGGCGCUGGCUGCAUCUCGUAUCUACAUACGACUACAUGACGACCCUUCCCUCGCUAGUAGCUCCACGUCGACAGGACAUCUGACGGACGCGGAGAAGAAGGCCAAGAAAAAGGCCAAGAAGGCCGCGCAGAAGGUCCAUGACGAGACCAAGAAGGCCACUCCAAAUGCCCCGAGUGCUAACGAGGACAAGGGCCUGGAGCCCGGUCCCAUGAAGGACGAUGACCCAGAUGGCACGAAGUUAUUGCAGUUGCCUGAUCCGCUGGAACGAGCGGCGAAGUUGGUCGCUCCGUUGAGCACGCUCGCGAAAGACAAUAUCGAUGCGUGGAUAGCUAUUUACGAUGUUGCGGUCCGACGCAAGAAAUACUUGCAAGCGGUAAAAGCGUUAAACAACGCGCGUUCUUUGGAUUCCGAUCACCCUGAGCUGCAUAUUCGCCUUGCGCACUUCCGAAUACAAGUGUCGUCACUGCCACAAGAUCCUCCUGCACCCAUUGGCCCGGUAGUCACCUCUGCGCUCGCAAGGUUGUUGCCUGAAGAGCUCUCUUUGGAAGUAUUCAAUUCGCAGCACCUACAACAACACUCCACCGACGCCAAAGCGAUCCUUGCGGUGGCAAAAGUGUCUCAGCUGCUGCAGGCUACACGAGAAGAAGUAGAAAAUGCCGUCUUUGCUAUUCUUGCCCCCGAUGUACAUAUGGAUAUCAAGACUGCACUGCAGGUUGUAGGUUUCCUGCAAGUGAUCAAGUCACCGCGAACGGAGGAGUUCAGGAGAGGGUGUGACGCCAGAUUUGAGCUGUCCACGGUGUUCAAAUCUCCGAGUGAUAUCGCUGCGAUCUCUUGGAACGCGAGUGCUGCGAUGGCAGAAGACACGAAGGUAGAAACGGAGGAUUCGAAUUAG